AUGGCGGACAGAGACAGCGGCAGCGAGCAGGGCGGCGGCGGCGGCGGCGGCGGCGGCGGCGGCGGCGGGGGCGCGGCGGGCGCCGGGGGGCCGGGCUCGGGCGGCGGCGGCGGCGGGCCGGGCGGCGGGCUGCAGCACGAGACGCAGGAGCUGGCCUCCAAGCGGGUGGACAUCCAGAACAAGCGCUUCUACCUGGACGUGAAGCAGAACGCCAAGGGCCGCUUCCUGAAGAUCGCCGAGGUGGGCGCCGGCGGCAACAAGAGCCGCCUAACGCUCUCCAUGUCGGUGGCGGUGGAGUUCCGCGACUACCUGGGCGACUUCAUCGAGCACUACGCGCAGCUGGGGCCCAGCCAGCCCCCCGAGUUGGCGCAGGCGGCCGACGAGCCGCGCCGGGCGCUCAAGAGCGAGUUCCUGGUGCGGGAGAACCGCAAGUACUACAUGGAUCUGAAGGAGAACCAGCGCGGGCGCUUCCUGCGCGUCCGCCAGACCGUCAACCGCGGCCCGGGGCUGGGCGCCGCGCAGGGCCAGACCAUCGCGCUGCCGGCGCAGGGCCUGAUCGAGUUCCGCGACGCGCUGGCCAAGCUCAUCGACGACUACGGCGUGGAGGAGGAGCCGGCCGAGCUGCCCGAGGGCACCUCCUUGACUGUGGACAACAAGCGCUUCUUCUUCGACGUGGGCUCCAACAAGUACGGCGUCUUCAUGCGGGUGAGCGAGGUGAAGCCCACCUACCGCAACUCCAUCACCGUCCCCUACAAGGUCUGGGCCAAGUUCGGCCACACCUUCUGCAAGUACUCGGACGAGAUGAAGAAGAUCCAGGAGAAGCAGCGGGACAAGCGCGCCGCCGCCGCCGCCCCCGCGGGCUCCGGGGCCGGGCCCGAGCCGCCGCCCGAGGCCGAGGGCAGCGCGGCCGCCGCCGCCGCCGCCGCCGCCGCCGCCGCCGCCGCCGGGCCGCCCGGCGCCCUGCUGCAGGCCGACGAGCCCGAGGAGGACUGACCGCCCGCCGGCCGCCCCGCCCGGCGCCGGGGCCGCGGACUCGGACUGCUCUCGGCCGCGCGGGCGGCGGGCGGCGGCCCGCGGCCGUCCCCGGGCGGCACCCCCGGAGCACCCCCCGCCCGGCAGCCUCCACCGAGCGACAGCAACGCCUCCGACCCGCCACCCAUCGCUGGAUGUCCCUCCACUUUUCCCACCGUAUCAAACAACUUUUACCAGUAAAUAUCGGUUUAUUCCUGAAACCAGAAGCCCUAUACAUACCUUUGUUUAUAAGGUCAGUUGUCAUUUCGUCUCUCUCGUUCCCCACUCCCCCCAGUACAAACUGGCAGGUGAUUGAAAGGUACCGAGCUUUCUUUCUAGUUUUCCUACUCUGCAACUCUGGAAAUGGAGCCCGCAGGACCUAGAGCCUUCUCUUGGUAACGUAGAUUGAAGUUUACAAAUUAUUAUUUAACACUUUAAAGUCUGCUUUUAAGGACAGCAGUGUUCCCAUCUGCCUGCUACCAGGCUGGUAGAAAUUCCUGCAGAUGCUUGGCGUGGUUCACCUUCCCAGAGCCUGUGGGCAGGUGUCUCACAAAGCAUCUUCAGGUUUGGGCUUGGAAAGUAAUUCCUCCAAAAGUACAUGCUACAAAAUGGCAUUUCAGUUUUACAGGGAACAGGAUGGGGGGAGCGGAGGGUGGGAACUGAGUAUGGAUAUGUCUUUUUCUGAUUUUAUUUUUUUUCUUUUCAUUUUUCUCUAUAUUCUGCUAGAAAGCAAGGCUUCCGUUUUGGAAAAGAAGCGUGAAGUGGGGAGGAGGGAGAGAAUUUGAGCAUUGCCCAUCCUAAAAUAGUUUUAAACACUUUCUCCAAUGCUGAUGGAAAAGGCAGGUGAAAGGUCUGAUCUGAUCCUUAAAAGGACAUUGCUAGGUGUUUGGGACUCCAAAAGCAGCUGGCGCUUCUUAAUGACUGCAAUUGAUUUAGGCAAUUUGCAAAAUUUGGUCUAUACUAAGACGAAUCAGCUUGGGAGAAUUGAAGACUCCCUUUUUUUUCUAAGAGUUUGCAACCCAAAUGCUGCAGUACUGUGCUAAUACUUGUGAAACAGCAAAGCUGGCAAGGAAUAGAAAAUGAGUUGACUGCAUGGUCCCAGCCAAAUUUUUUUUUUCUUUUGGACAAACAAAAUGAAAAAAUCAUAAUCAAAACCACCCUGAGCCAAAAAGUGCAACCUCCAUAGAGCAAGCAGAACAGCAUCUCAAGUGAUUUGAUUUGGUCUUGUCAUGCACGGUUGGCAGGAGCAUUUCUGGUAUAGCUGCAACCUAACCAUGUCCCUUUAAGACCAACUUCAUCUCGAUGAAACAAAAGACAAGGUUUUGCACUGUAGAGCAGAUCAAAGCUCCUGCAGCCUUAGUUGGAGUCCAUAAUGACGGCAGUCUUCCAGCUGUACACUCUGAGCUGAAAACUACCUUUCCUCCCCUUUUGCAGCCUGUGUGGUUCUGAUUGCUGGCAGUUCUCUAAUACAGCUUUAAUCUGAGCAUUUGAGGCUGGUCCCACCUUACCUUCAGACGUCUUGCGGAGGACUCCUGUUACCCGUUUGGUACCCAAAAGCUACACCCACCAUGAGAAGUCACUUAUUUUUUAAAAGGCAGUGAUAGAUUACCGUCUCUAGUUCUAAUGGAAAAAUUAUACUGCAAUGCAACUUUAUAAUAAAUUGUUCAUAUAUUCAUAAUUCCGUGGCAAUCCCAAAUUGGAGGAUGGAUCUGUUAAAGGUAUAUAUUAGUCUAGAUUUUUUCUUAUUGUAAAUACUGUAAUUUUAUAAUACUGUCAAUAUUUUAUUAACUUAGAAAUAUUUAACAGAGUUUAAUCUAUUGUAGUUGAUUUAUUUAUAAGUUUAUGUUGCAGCCAAUACUGAACUGCAUUCUAAUGUAAGAUUAACUUUCAGCAUGUGAACACUGAUUUAAUCUAUUAUUGGAAAGAUUGAAAAUAAGGAAAAAUUUCACUCUCAAUCUGUAAUAUUUAUCCCGCGAUCAGCAGUUCAGAGUUUUUAAUGAAACAGAACAAGAUUUCAAAAGCUCAUGAACUGCAGUUGGAUCGUGUCGUUUGAAAACUUGAGUUUUGAAAUGUACCUGGCUUUUUCACCCUGUUGGCAGUGAAUAAGAUCGCUUCAGUACCUGAACUUUAAAGUACAAAAGUCUUUAUUUUGAGCAAAGGGACACUCUCAGAUUAACAUUAGGUUCUUGUUUUAAGGGAAGAAAAAAAGAAGCAAAACUCACCUCCCCAGCACCCACGUUAAUUCCAUCUCAAUCACAAGGAAGAAACAUUUUUUCUGCUGGCUUGCUAAUUGGCUCAAAGCGUUCCUGGAGCUGUGCUUGCAGGUGAGCUGCAGCCGGGGGCUCCCACUGCUCCAGGCGCAGGCUGGGGCCCUUCCCCAGGUGUGCAGCUGCACACUGCGGCCUCGCGGGGGCAGAUCCGGUCUCUGGCACUGCUUUAUAACCAUUGUCAAGGUGGAUGAAAGUGCGUAAAAUUUACCCUUUGUUAGGCUGAAGUUUCUCUUCACAAAUUUGCUUUUUUUUUUCCCCCACAUAUAUCUCUCUUUUAGCCUGACAGUGUCCCUUUAACAGUACAAAGAUGUUUACUUUCUCUAAAAAACUAUUACAAGUGACUUUGAGACAGAGGAGAACUCAUCUGUAAUAUGUUUGCGACAUAACUUGCAUAAAGAUAUCAAAAAACAUAAGGGGUUUUCAUGGGAGUUGUUUUUUUUUUGAGUGUAAAAGUUAAUCUUUAUUAGAGAUGUGCCAAUCUAUACUGCUUUAUUGUAGUGUUGUUACACUUAGGCAUUUCAGUUAACUUACAAAAAUAUAUACUGUAACAGUAUACUUUGUACAGAUUUAUUUAAAAUUUAUUUGAAAACUGAAAUAAAUUAGGCAGAAAAUAAAGAUAUUUAUUUUUCAUUUGACAAUGUAAGAAGGUAUCAUUCUUUUGGUUUUAGUGCACUGGUGUGUACCAAGCCUCGGAACCACUGUUUUCUUCAGUUCCUAGUAUGCUUUCCAGACACUGUGGAUAUGUGUGUGUGUACUGUUAUGCUUCUAACUAAAUGCCAACAACGGAGUUCGUUGCUUUUAUACAUCCCAAAGAAAAGCUCUCCACCAUUCACUUUCUGUUUUCUGAUGAAAAGAUGCAUGUUUUUGAACAGUGUCAUUACAAGUUCCGCCACCCCACUUUCACAUCAGCUUAUGCCAGUGCCAGGAUGGGAGGAUUUGCCUGCCCAGUGACUUCCCCAGUACACCACAGCCAGCAGUGGCAUCGGCAGGGAGCAGUUCGAAUGCGUGUCCUUUGGGCUUUACGUAAAGCAAACGCAGAACAAGAAAAAUCGAGACGUUAAAUUCGUUAGAAAACAAAUUCCUCGUUGUACAGUAGUAUGGAAGUCAACCUGCCAUUCAUAAUAGAGUCUUAUUUUUUUGAAUGAUCUAUUUAAAAGAACAGCAAGCAUUGUAUUUGCUAGUAAAGCUGAACUGUUUACAUGGAAUUACUAAAUAAAUUAUUUGAUCUAAAA